AUGUCUGCAGAGAAAAUGCAAGUACCCCAGAUUGAUGGUGUAUUUCUAAUGCUUUUGGCGUACUUUGAAGAACCUCAAGAGCUUAUGAUUAAGUCAUUUGAUGCCCCCGAGGAACGUAGAGGAAAAGGACCACCCGGAUGUUUACCUGGUCAGCCAGGAUGUAAUAAACCGGGAUGUUCCGAAGGACAAUGCUGUGGUACUCCAGGCGUUCCUGGUGUCCCAGGUGUACCCGGCCAGACCGGGAGAGACGGACGAAACGGUCGCCCUGGUGUGCCUGGCGCAAUUGGAGCGCCUGGUAAGAAAGGAAAUCCUGGUGAACCCGCCAUAUCAAACUGGAAACAAUGUACUUGGAGAGUUGGUGAUGGAAAAGACAACGGGCUUAUUCGUCAAUGUACAUUUGUAAAAAAACGAGACGACUCUUAUCUUCGUGUUUUUUACGCUGGAAAUCUUCGCAUCUACAACUGUAAUAGUUGUUGCAAGCGGUGGUUUUUCAAAUUUAAUGGCGCUGAAUGCAAUGUUCCUAUUGAAGGUGUUUAUUAUAUGUGGAAAGGAUUAAACACUCAAGAUCUUCACCGCCAUCGUCAUAUUGAGGGUUAUUGUGGAAAAAUUCACAAAGGCCAUGUUCGUGUUGCAUUUUGGGUUGGCAAUUGCCGCGGUUACGCAAAUGCUGACGCGUAUUCCGGCUGGAAUUCUGUCUCGCGUAUUGUGAUUGAAGAAGUACCACCUCCACAAAAGUAGACAUAAGGAUAUACUCCC